AUGUCGUCCUCGGCAGCCGCUUCCUUAUCCACUGUAUGGCUCGCACCUCCUCCAGGCCUUGUUGCAUCUCCACACAACCCUACAAUCGAACUUGCAUCUAUCGCUAUCAGUGCCAUACUUGCCAGCAUCGUCGUUGUACUUGUCGCCGUCAUGCUGAGCAAAAAGAACAAAGGCAACUUCAUUGAUGAUACAAGCGAAGCCACGCAAUCAGAGCAAGCGGACAAGCGCCUUACGAUUAGUGGGCCUUUGGAAGACAUACUGAGGCGGAACAAUGCAACAGAGCAGCCCGUACCAAGACUAUGGUCAGGGUUUUCUAGUUCCAAUUCAGACAUCGUCAGAAGAGACCUUGAAGACGAUGGCGAGCAAGCAGCAGCAGCAGCAGCAGCAACAAUAACAGCAACAAGUAGAAGAGCCUUUGAACUCGCCAACACACCAGCUCGUACACCAAACAUCUUCCAUAUCACCGCACCAUAUGUCCCAUACCCCAUCGAGCUCGAUGUCCUUCCCCGCUCACCCUUACCAGCCCACCAGCCGCUUACGCACAAUGUUCGCCCGCUGCCACCCCCAGUCCCACAGCGUGGUAACUAUAACGGCAGUAGUAGCGGGAAUAAUUCGCAUCUACAGCCACCUCCGAUGCAUACUGCUCAUCGCCAUCCGCAUUCCGACUUCGGCGACGAUAGUACGAUGGUUGGUGAUAAAGCAGAAGUUGAGACUCUGCGCAGCGAUCUGAGUUUCCUGAAUACCGACUCUGACAGUGCGUCGUAUAAUGAGGGGCAGUGGAUACCGAUGGACAACAAGGCGGUUGGUUUGCUGGGCAGGCACUGGGAAUGA